UGAAAACUGAGAAAAGUGCGGGAGUUAAAUAUUAACAGGACCAAUAAUAAAAUGGGCCGUGGCUGUGCUUUCAAAUAGCUCAACAGUGUUUAACUGAGAAAGAUGUUUGAGACAAUUAAACCUGUAGCUACCUUUAUAUCCCUGCUUGACAUAACCUUUAGUACUAUACAGGUAUCAGGAAAUAGCCAAACAUAAUAGGUGAAGCAGUUCAGUUUCAAGUAUCAGUUACUGCAACAACAGCUGUCAGUUGUUGUCCAUUGUUAAAAUGUGUGACUUCUUCUCUGCAAACUAUGAUGACAGGAGAGAAAUGUAAACUUCUUCUGAACCUUCACACAUCACAUCCUGAGACUGUGUCUAGCCCCACACCUGUUAGCUGAAUCUAAUAACUGCAGCCUUAUUGGAUAAAGAUUACAACCUAAACAGAUGUUCUUUACAAACUGUCAUCUAUUAGUGGUGAUUUCUUACAUUCAUGUGGGCUGGUAAAUAAUAGUCUUAGUGUAAAAAAAAGGAAAAAAAGAGAAAAAUGAAUUAUAGGGUAUUUUUUAAAACGACUUUUUUUUCUGUCACAACCCUAAACUUUUGGUCUAGAAAAUGCUUUUAUUUUGAAAUCAGCUGGCUUGUCAGUACGCCGAUGAGGAAAGUCGGCAAACCACAGGCAGACGACGGAAUGACCGCUGUUAGGAUGGAUCCCUCGACACGGCUCGUAAUUUUUGGAUUGUGCCUUCUACAACCUUUCAGUGCAGAGAACAUCACCUGCACUGGCACUCAGCAUGCUGACCAAACCUCUUACAACAUUCAACAUAUUGAGGGUGUCGAUGCUGUUGACGAGUACUCAUGGACCAAAUAUGUACCAAAUGUAAAUGGCACAGAUCACCAUGUGAUUGCACACCACAAAGGGAAAGCUGAUAAAUGUGUGAAGAGUAACAGCAACAGCACUCUCGUCACCACAAAAUGUUUCGAAAGGGUCGACUACGAAGUAACCUACAUCCAAGGGGGUGACUUUUUGACUAUGACAACUACGUGUAACAUCACCUGCAGUGAAUAUGCUUUGCCUCAACAGACAGACCAAGAGACUUCCUGGCAUCCCUGGAUGACUGCUGUUGUUGUUGUUGGCAUUACCCUGCUGCUUAUUGGUGCAUAUCUCUGCUACAAAUACAGAACUUUCAAGAGGUUCUGUAGCUGCACUCAACGCAUUUAUGCUCCUGUUAAGAUGCAGAAAGCUGCCCCGGAAGUCAUUCUUGUGUAAAUGGGACAUAUGUAGAAAGACCUUUUUCUUUUAACAAGGGGUGUAAUCUCUU